AUGAACGGGACCACCCAGUCCAUCACCGAGAUUGUCGACAGACUCAACGGCGCCGACUUGCCCUCGAACGUCGAAGUCGUCAUCUGCCCCCCUGCCCCCUACUUGUCGCUUGCCGUCAAGGAAAACAAGCAAAACACCGUGCAAGUGGGUGCUCAAAACGUGUUCGACAAGAACCCCGGUGCCUACACCGGUGAAAUUGCCCCCCAGCAAUUGAAGGACCUCGGUGUUGAAUGGACUCUUACCGGUCACUCGGAAAGAAGAUCCAUCCUUGGCGAAUCGGACGAAUUUGUCGCUGACAAGACCAAGUUCGCUCUUGACAACGGCCUCAAGGUCAUCGUCUGCAUUGGUGAACACCUUGAACAACGUGAAAACGGCACCACCUUGAAGGUUUGUGCCGCGCAAUUGGACGCCGUCAUUGCCAAGGUGUCUGACUGGACCAACGUGGUCAUUGCUUACGAACCCGUGUGGGCUAUCGGCACUGGUAAGGCUGCCACCCCUGAGAUUGCUCAAGAAACCCACAAGGACCUCAGAGACUACCUCAGAAGCAAGAUUGGCGCCACUGCCGACGAAAUCAGAAUCUUGUACGGUGGUUCCGUCAACGGUGCCAACGCCACCUCGUUCAAGGACAAGCCCGAUGUCGACGGGUUCCUUGUUGGUGGUGCUUCGUUGAAGCCUGAAUUCAUUGACAUCAUCAAGUCGAGAUUGUAA